GAUGAGGGGUUGGGGCGGGAGUUCCUGCUAGGUGUGUUGGAGCUGGAAAUUCAGCAAACUGGGACCUUGGUCUGGUUGGUGCAUUUGUCACAGAUCUUUGUGGACAAAAGCCUUCUGAGAUGAACAGGAAGGGUUUGGAAUAAAGGAGGGCAACUAAAACAAGCCAGAGGAACACCUGAUAAGCUCUGGGACUACCCCAACAUUUGAACUAAAUUAGUGCUGCUUCUCUGUGUCUGACUGGAAUGGUCCCUGGCAGAGGAAUGCCGGCUGUCAGCAGUCACUGAAAGCUCUUCAGUGCUUGGAGGCCCAGUGUAUUUAGGGUGUACUAACUUAGCAGAGCUUAGCAGGUUUUAUAAAACAUUUUGGCUUUAUUUCUUAGCACAUUCCUCUGCAGCUGAAGAUAUGGGGGCAACCGGAUAUGGCUACUACCGCUCGGUUAUUUUCACUUGUAUGUUUUUGGGCUACUUGUUGUAUUAUUUCAACCGGAAGACGUUCUCCUUUUUGAUGCCGACGGUGUUGGAGGAGAUUGAACUGGAUAAAGAGGAACUUGGUCUGAUCACCAGUAGUCAGACUCUCGCCUAUGCCAUCAGUAAAUUUAUCAGUGGCGUGCUGUCUGAUCAGAUCAGCGCCCGCUGGCUCUUCUCUUCUGGCCUUUUCAUCGUCGGGGGCAUCAAUGUGGUCUUCUCGCAGUCCUCCACCCUCUGGGCAUUCACUGUACUCUGGUUCAUUAACGGCUUCGGCCAGGGCUUCGGCUGGCCACCGUGUGGCAAAGUCCUGCGGAAGUGGUUCGAGCCGUCUCAGUUUGGCACCUGGUGGGCUGUUCUGUCCUGCAGUAUGAACCUUGCUGGAAGUUUAGGGCCAAUCAUCACCACCGUGCUGGCCCAGUACUACAGCUGGAGAAGCAUCAUCUCCAUCUCCGGUGUGAUCUGCAUGGCCUUCGCUUUUGUCUGUCUGCUGCUAGUAAAGAACGAACCCAAAGAUGUUGGCCUGCCCAGCAUCCAGCCUGGCACAAAGACGGGCAAAGGUGGCAAAGGAACUCAAAAUGAUGAAAGCAGCCUUAAAGAGUUCCUGCUCUCUCCAUACCUGUGGGUUUUAUCCUUCGGCUACCUGGUAGUGUUUGGGGUGAAGAUUGCAUGUACAGACUGGGGCCAGCUGUUUCUCAUGCAGGAAAAAGGCCAGUCAGUCAUGAUGGGCAGUUCGUACAUGAGCGCUCUGGAGGUUGGUGGCUUUGCUGGUAGCAUUGCAGCAGGUUUAAUCUCUGACAGAGCUGUUGCACGGCAAGGACUGGGCACAUAUGGCAAUCCUCGACAUGCCCUUCUCUUAACCAUGAUGGCAGGUAUGGCCGUGUCGAUGUAUCUCUUCCGGGUCACCAUCACUCCAGAGGUUCCUGAGGAACCUCCAUUCUGGUAUAUUGCUCUUCAUCCCAUCUCUGUCCUCACUGGUCUGUCUGAACAAGAGAUCUGGAUAUUGACUGUAGGUGCUCUUUUUGGAUUCUCAUCCUAUGGCCCAAUCGCACUGUUUGGCGUCAUCGCUAGCGAGAGUGCCCCUUCUAACUUCUGCGGGACAUCCCAUGCAAUCGUAGCCCUCAUGGCAAAUGUUGGCGCAUUUCUUGCCGGUCUUCCGUUUAGCACCAUUGCUAAACGCUACAGCUGGGACACAGCCUUCUGGGUAGCCGAGGUGACCUGUGCUGUAACCACAGUUUGCUUCUUUAUGGUACGCAAUAUGAGAACGAAGAUGGGUCGAGUUCAUGAAAAAACUCACUAAUCAAUAAUCAAGCCAAUGUCAUCCACCUGAGAUUCAUCAGCGAAGCUACAUGGUACCAUCACUGCCCAGAAAAGUACCCAUCACCCGAAGAGUAAAUACACUUCUAGUUUCACAUAACCAUGCCUCCAAUGGUAGUUUGAAAAAUAGGUUUACGGGUUAAAAAGUGUGUGUGAUUGGGGGUGGGGGAUGCUCGGAAGGUAAAGAAUAAUGCUAAAUGUUAAUAAAGUUUAUUUAUUUGUGA